AUGGAGGCUUUGCCCAGGACAUCCGGAGGGCUUGCUUUGCGGCUUCGCGCCUCCGCUGCCUCGACAUCUGCUUCCGCCGGCCUCUCGCAGGCCUGUCUCCUGGCGUCUGCUCUUCGGGCGAUGUCUUCUCUCCCCGUCGCACGGCUCGUGAAAGCCGCCGAAGCGAUGAAACGCGACGGCGUUCUGCGUUCUCUGCGCUGCGUGCGUUUCGCUCAGACCUUUUCUGGGGCUCCAUCCCGCGCCUCGUCUUUCUGCGCGAGCUCGGCGCCAUCUCAGCCUCGACUCCAACCCACCUCCUUGCUCUAUCCCGUCUUUUCUUCCUCGCCUGCUUUUCCGCUGACCUGCCCGCUUUGGUUUCCCCCCUAUGCUCCCCCAGCCCGUCUCAUGCGCCUGCAGGCGGCCGCGGGUCUGCCCGUCUGUCGCGCCGCUCGUUCUGUUUCUCUCUCUCCCUCUGCGUCGACGGCUGCUCGCGCCGCGCCGCGCGUGCCUGACCCUUCGCCUCUGCUUUUCGCGUCUCCUCACACUGCGGCCUUUUCGACAUGGCGCUACUCGCGCGUCGGCGGAGAAUCUGAGGCGCGGCAGGAGCGCGAGGCGCGGCGCCGCUGGGCUGUCCUGGGGGGCUGUCUCUACUUCCUUUUGAUGAGCGUCGCCUUCGCAUUCGUGCCGCUGUACGAGGCCUUCUGCCAAAGCACCGGAUACGGCGGAUAUGUGCAAAUUCGCACGCCUCACGGGAAGAAAAACGGAGAGGAAGAGGACGACCUCGUGCCCACGCGGGAGCGCUCGGGCAAGGACGACGAAGUUCUGUUGGAGAUCGACUUCGCCUCGCACUGCAACGUGCCGUGGGAGUUCGAGCCUCUGCAGAAGCGCGUGAUUGUAGCGCCUGGCGAAUCUGCGUUGGCGUUUUAUCGCGCCCGCAACAAACUUGACAAACCAGUCAUCGGCAUUUCUCUUUACAACGUGAUGCCGCCUGAGGCCGGAAUUUACUUCAAUAAAAUCCAGUGUUUCUGCUUCGAAGAGCAGAUGCUCAAUCCCCGUCGCGCGUUCUAUUCGUCUCUUUGUUCUUCUUCUGGACUCUGUCUUUCUCUGCAGACGAGGAGGUUGACAUGCCGGUUUUUUUUUUUCAUUGAUCCAGACAUCCUCGACGAUCCCCGUCUGGAACAAAUGAAGAGAAUCACGCUAUCCUACGUGUUCAACGAGUCUGACGCCAACAUCCCAGACGACUACAAACACCUCUCUGUCGCGAAACCGACAGACAAGAAGCCCCCUCUGGUGGAAGUCUAA